GAAGGGGCGCCAAACCAUCUUCCCCCCGUCGCGUCGGUGCUCCAAGGCUCCAAGCUCAAGAUUCAACCCGACACUGGGCCCGCGGCGCAACGCAAAGGCCCCCCCUAAAAACCAAUACUACUUGAAAAGAACGAAAGGGAGAGCGCCACAACCCGAUGCUCAUUUUAGAAUCAGUAUUCAAUAGCACCAGUUUCGCACGACAACUGUGCAACUUCUUCGACUCCUCCACCGCCGACAUGCAUCUCCCCAGCAGCGCCCCGACGGCUUCGUCAAUGUCCUCGCCCGAGCCCAUUCACGCGACGCCCCCGACUUCGAGUCCCAUUCCUGCUAUGCCCUCCCCCGCCAAACGCAAAAGAAGACUUCGUGUCUUUCGGCCAGACAAAGGCUCCCUCUACGACAAGAUGUGGGAUCAUGCUGGACUCUCCCUUUUCGUUCGUCCCAUCUGCUGGACCGAGCUGCACGUACAACUCCUCGACGCCAAGUUCGUUGAGCUCCCUCCGUGCGACACGCCAGUUCCUCCUCCAUCACCGCGCGGGGCCCCUGUCUCCCCGUCGAGAUGUCACAUGAAGCCAUCAGUCGCGGCCUCGACACUAAGUAGAGAACUUACGGCCAUGCUCGCGCCGGGAUCCACGAGGACCUUCUACACAAACUCCGUCCGCACAAUCAUGUCUACCCUCUAUCCGGGGAAGCUGUCGCGCACCCGAACACAGCUUGAUUUGCACCUCUACUUUGGCGGUCUAGUGUAUCGCGAUGCAUGCCGCGUACAGGUUGCCUGGGAUGCGAUGCCCUCGCGCAGCGGCUCGAUCGCCUCCUUUCAAUCCGCAUCAACCCGCCCGGCCGAAUCCUUUACUAUUGUGCCGACGGGUUCCAACGGUAGCGCAAGCAACAUGAGCAGCGAACAAACGGCCUACGCUCAGUCGCAGCCCGUCCUCGCCUAUGUUGGCAAGAUGCAGAUCGCGGCGACACGGAAGAACAUGUACCGCGUUAUUCAAGGACCCAACAGAUCGUACAACGGACCGGUCGAACGUCUACAACAACUACGCUCCAAAAUGUUCGUUCCCAGCAACCCGACGCAUGACCCGUUGCUCGUGGGCAUCUUGUUGGCCAUGGCGCAAAGAAGGUUCCACGGCGAGCCACAGCCGUCAGCGAAUAAGUGGGUUUCCUCGCGACCCAUGCCUACUGGGCUAGGAGAGCCUGAGUUUCACGAUGUGACGGUGCAACUGCUCACAAACGACAACGAGACAUCCGAAUUCAUCGUUUACAAGGCCACGGUCACAGCAGAUCUGCUCCGCAAGUUCCACGAGCCAACCAAGAAUCCCCGCGUAGGGGCCGAGAGGACACUAGCUGAGAGAAUCGGAGAGGUUGCGGAUGCGGGUGGCAUGCGCAUCGAAUACACAAGAGUGCCUGUCUGGCCGAUUCUCGGACUCAAGGAAAGACUGGGCAAGGCGCUCGGCAAGGAGGUUGUGGGAGAGUUCGAUGAGGACAACAUCGAGACAUGGGAAGAGGAAGCGGAGCGAAACCCCGACAAGCUCAAAAGAAGAAGAGAUCGUGAGGCUCUCGUCGAAGUGUUUAAUGGCAGCUUCGAGGAAGAAGCUCAAGCCGACGGUAUGCCUCUCAGUGGGAAACGAAGAUGUUUAGUUGACGAGGAAAGCGGGCAGGUGGGCAUGGUCGUCUGAUGGAAGUUCAUUGCCCUUGAUCAUUGCAUAACGAAGCCACGAGGCGUUAUUGAGAGAAGCAUUCAUCGCAUUUCUCCG